CCAUGCGUCUUGCAGACGAGAAUAGAGAACUGUUUCCGCGAGUUUGGCUGCGCGAGUGUGCUUCUGCCGUCGUUCGAUACCGAUUCUGCCCGAGAGGUGGUUCACGUUAUUUUCGGAACUCUUGGAUCCGCUUUACAGGUUUGCUUAGUUGAAUUCGAUCUUCUGACGGAACGGGAACGAGAGCGCAACAUACCGCAAAAUGCCUUCCAGUGAUCCUUUGCCAUCGAAGGAAAGUGCCCUGUUCCGUAAGAUACUGAAAUGUUACGAAAUGAAGCAAUACAAAAAUGGCCUCAAACUGGCCAAGCAGAUCCUGUCGAAUCCAAAGUUUACCGAACACGGCGAAACGUUGGCCAUGAAGGGGCUUACGCUGAACUGUCUAGGGCGUAAGGAUGAAGCUUACGAACACGUACGCCGUGGGCUGCGGAACGAUCUGAAGUCGCACGUCUGUUGGCACGUGUACGGACUGCUGCAGCGUUCGGACAAGAAGUACGACGAAGCAAUCAAGUGCUACCGGAACGCGCUGAAAUGGGAGAAGGACAACAUACAGAUAUUGCGCGAUCUGUCACUGUUGCAGAUCCAGAUGCGCGAUCUCGAGGGCUAUCGGGAAACGCGGCAUCAGCUGUUCAAGCUUCGUCCGUCCCAGCACGCCAGCUGGAUUGGCUUUGCGAUGAGCUACCAUCUGCUUGGGGACUACGAGACGGCCAUGAACAUACUGGAGACGUUUCACAAAUCGCAAACGAUGGAAACGUUUGACUACAAGCAUAGCGAAUUGCUGCUGUACCAGAACGACGUGAUCCAGGAGGCGGGCCACUACGAGAAAGCGUUAGAGCAUCUGAAGACCUACGGGCAGCAAAUACUGGACAAGCUGACCGUGCAGGAAAUGACCGGGAAUCUGUGCCUUAAACUUGGCCGCCACGAAGAAGCACUGCCCAUCUUUAAGGAACUGAUCGAACGGAAUCCGGACAACAUGGAAUACUUCCGGAAGUAUAUGGAAGCGAGCAAGCUGACCGAUACUGAGGAUAUCAUCCAGGCGUACCGUACGAUGCAGGCGGAGUACCCGUAUUCGUUUUGUGCCCGGCGGUUACCACUCGACAUUGCCACCGGGGAGAAAUUCCAUGAGCUUGCCGAUGAACAUUUACGACGCAACCUGCGGAAAGGUGUUCCACCACUCUUCGUCAACUUGCGCUCGCUGUACCGCGACGACGGGAAGAUCAAGGUAAUCGGCAAGCUGGUCGAGUCCUACUAUCAAAACCUGGCCAGCAGCGGUUACUUCUCGGCUGCGGAUGCCGAGAACCCGUCCGUACCGAAAGAGCCGGCAUCGGCACUCCUGUGGACGAUGUACUAUCUCGCGCAGCACUACGACCACCUGCGCGAGUCGGAAAAGGCACUGGACUUUAUCAAUGCCGCAAUCGAGCACACCCCCACGCUGAUCGAGUUGUUCGUAACCAAAGGUCGCAUCUACAAGCACGCGGGUGAUGUGCUGGAAGCAGUGAAGUGGCUGGACGAGGCGCAGAGUCUAGACACGGCCGAUCGGUAUAUCAAUUCGAAGUGCGCUAAGUAUAUGCUACGUGCGAACCAGAUCACGGAAGCCGAAGAAAUAUGCGCCAAGUUUACCCGCGAAGGUGUAUCGCCGAUGGAGAACCUAAACGAAAUGCAGUGCAUGUGGUUCCAGACGGAGUGUGCGCUUGCUUACCAGCGUUUGGAAAAGUGGGGCGAUGCACUAAAGAAGUGUCACGAGGUUGAUCGUCACUUUUCCGAGAUUCUCGAAGAUCAGUUCGAUUUUCAUACAUACUGCAUGCGCAAGAUGACAUUGCGAUCCUAUGUAGAUCUGCUGCGGCUGGAGGACGUUCUCCGAAGGCAUCCGUUUUACUUCAAGGCAGCCAAGUGUGCCAUUGAGGUCUAUCUACGACUUUUCGACCAACCCUUAGCCUCAGAAUCGGCUGCAACAGAUUUGGAUAUUGAAAACUUGCCUCCACGGGAACUGAAGAAACUUCGGAACAAGCAACGAAAGGCAGAGCUGAAGAAGGCACAAGAAGAGAGUGCCCGAAAGGAGCAGCAGAAGAAGGAACAGCACAAUAGAAAGCAGCAGUGCGGUGAAGGCGACCCGGAAGCACCCCAGCUGGACGAGCUGGUACCGGAAAAACUGGCCCGCCCCGACGAUCCGCUCGAGAAGGCACUAGAGUUUUUGAAGCCACUACAACUGCUGGCCAAAGACAAUAUCGAAACUCAUCUGAUGGCGUUCGAGAUCUAUCUGCGUCGCAACAAGCUUCUGUUGAUGCUGCAGUCAUUGAAACGUGCGCGGAAAAUAGAUGCCAGCAAUCCGAUCCUCCACGGUUGCAUUAUUCGGUUCCAUCGAUUACUGGAGCAGCGUCUCGCCAGCAAGGAGGACGAUGACGCGCUGGACGUAAACGUCAGAACCGUGAUCGAGCGCGAACGGGAAAACCUGUUCCAGGGUCAUCAGACGGCAGCGGCACUGAACGAUGCGUAUCUCCAGCAGCACAAGGGUAACCUGGACGCGGUAUAUGAGGCGGUGAAAGUAAUGUACACACUGGACGAAAAGCGACGGGACGAAGCGAUAGCGCUAGUGACAAGUGCCGACUUACAACAGGUUCCGUUGGAGAAAGCGACGAAAUUAUUCCUGCUGCUCAAAUCGGGUUACUUUGGCCAGUGUGACGAGCAGCUGAGUGUGUUCAAGAAAAUAUGCCAAAAGCGGUACCCGCUGGCGGUAGUGUUUGCCGACGUUAGCGCAGCCCCCGUAACGACACUGACAACGACUCAAUCGUCUAGCGCGGAAAGCACCCAAACGACGGUAACGGACUCCAGCAAUACCGGUGGCCGAGGCACGAUGUCCGCUAGCGAACACCAGACUCCCACUGUGUCGGUGGAAAAGUUGGCGAAAAAGCAGAACGGGCCGCAGAUCAAAUCAAACUAACAAUUCAUCCCGCCAUCCCUAGUAUGAACCGCUCGUCAAAUAUCGAGUAAACGAAAUAUUCUCUCCGGUUGUUGGAUCCUCUAUCCUCUCGUUCCUUUAUUUUUAAAUUCUGCCUACCCUAUCCGCAAACCUUCCCGCCGGACUCACCCACCCGAUGGGAAGACAAGAAGUAGAGAAAACCAUACUCCCCCGGAAAUGAAGAGAACCAUCCAUUACCGUCGCAAAAUCCAGCAAUCAAUCCGAAUGCAAUAGUCGCUUUGGGGCAUUUUAUUUCUUUCGCUAAGCCACAAAUUGUGUCCUUUCGUUUGUUUGUGAAAUGAAACUAAAAUAGAAAAUAGAAACGCGAUAGUCCAGAAAAAGAAA